AGGGCGAAUCUCCGCAGUCUGAGAUAACUCCACGCUUCCCACCAUCCCUUUCUCCACUCGCCGUCCUACCUCGCCUCCCAUUUUCCUCCCCCCAGCGAAUCCAACCCCCCACCCUGUCUCUCCCCUGUUACGCCAGGAGCCAAACCCCUAGCUAGCCACUACCCCCGCUCCAGAAGCUCCCUCCCCUAGAUCUCCCAUUCCCCCUCCCGGCCGCGCCGCCGAUCCGGCGAUGGCGUCCAAGGCGAAGCUCGGCGAGCUAAUGUGGGAGCACCGGGUCCAGACCGCGGCCCUGGUGGCGCUCGUGGCCGCGACCGCCGUCUCGAUCUCUGCGCUCGGGCCGAGGCUGGGCGCCGUGCUGUCCUUCUUCUGGCCGCUGCUCGUCUCCACGGGGUUCUUCCUCGUGGCCGUCGCCGUGCUGCUCCGGAUCUCGCCCCCGCCCGCGGGCGCCGACGAGUCCGGCAAGGAGCUCAUCGAUUUCGUCGCCGGGUGCCGCCCGGAGCACGUCGUCCCGGACGCCGCCGCCGUGGAGGCGCCGCCGGAGCCGGAGAUCUAACGCCCGCCCGCCCGGCUGGAGGAGGAGGAGGAGCUGACGAGGAGGCUGGCUGGGGGUUGGCGCCAUUCGAGCUUGCGGUGCGCGGCGUGCUCCGUCGCCGGAGCGACUCCAGCAGUUGCACGGUGGCUUGCCCCGCGGCCGUGGCUCGGUACUCGGUAGCGUAGGACUUCUCCAUGUCUCCCUGCUGGUCCGGUGUAACAUACUCCCGGGGAAUUCAAUAAUGAAUCAUGGCAUAAAAAUAAGAACCGCCCUCGCCGGAGCGAUUUGUGUGU